CCCACACUAACACUGAACAGACUUCAGAAACAAGUGGAGGCCAACAACAGCUUACUAAUCAUAACGUCUUCUCACUAAACUUCCAGAGACAAGAUGGAGCUUUCAUAUCAAUCUAUGAAGGUUGCCCACCAAGCCCGGGAAGCGGACGAGCUGAGGACUGAGACCAGGAGGAAGAAUCUCCUGAUCCUCAUUUAUCACCACCUGCUGGGGCAAGGCUACGUGUCUGCAGCGGUGGCCUUGGAACAGGAGACUAAUGGAGGUGUGAGGAGGUUCCUGAGGUCUGCGGACAACCCAAAUCGAUCUGGAGAUGGUGCUGGAAUGGAGUACGAGGAGUUAUCACUAUGUCAGUUCCAGAAGUAUUCCCAACCUUAUCAGAAGAACGCGCACAGAACUAGGUAUACCACCUCCACUAAAACAACCUCAUGCUCAAUUGUGAUUAACAAGGACAUUCUAAAUUAG